AGCCGCUCUGGCUCACGGCCCGUGCGCGCUGAGAAGGCUGACGGCCUGAGAGCGCAUGUGCUGGAUCUUAUGGAGCAUGGGCCACUGCUGGAGCAGAGAGGAGAAGGCACCCGGCCAGCCCGCGCCCCAGGGCUUCCAGCGCGUUUGCGAGAGCGGCGACGGGGAUUGCUUGUUCCACGCCAUCGCGCGGCAGGUGCACGGCGACCCCUCGUGCGCGGGCCUGGCCCGGAGGGAGAUUUGUGAUUGGACCUCGGGAUGCAGGAGCACCUGCCGCCGUCCGCCCACGCGAGCGGCCGCUCCGAGUUCUCCGAGGCGCACCGGCAGAUGGUCGCGGCGCAGCGACCGGAGGUGUUGGCGCUCGGCACGAGGGAGGAUCUUAUAGAAGACCACCCGGUGUGCGAGUACGUCCAGCGCAUGCGGCGCGCGGGCGAGUGGGGCUCUGGGCUCGAGGCUCUCUGCGCGGCCUACCGCUACCGCCGGCCCGUGCGGGUAUGGAGCGCGGGCGGGUACUCGGAGCUCUGCCCGCCCUACAGCCUGCUGGACACAGGCGCCCCACCGGUGCUGCUGCUGCACAACGGCCGCGACCACUGGGACUCCGCCUCGGGCUCCCCCCCGGCGACCUCGGGGAGCGAGGGCUCCCAGGCCAGACCCACCGCGGCGACGGCGGUGGCGGACGAGGACGAGGAGGACGUCGACCGCCAGGUGGCACUGCUGCUGGCGAGGAUUCCGCAGGAGAGGCCGGGGGGCCGACGAGGCGGCCGUGGCCGCGCGCCGCGCAGCCGCCGCGCAGGCGGCCGAGCGGAGGGCUGAGCUCCAGAGGGCGCGCGGCAUCGGCGCCAGCGGCGCGGCCGCGGCAGGCAGGAGCUGAGAGCGCCCCUCGCGCGGGCUGAGCUACGAGCCCCGAGUGCGACCUGGUCGAACUACGGCCCUGCGCGCGGCGGGUCGGGCGCCAGCGGCGGCGGCGUCUGCAGAAAUAGCGACGAGACGAGCGAGGUGAGUUGGUCCGACGAGUAACCUGAGCGGCAGUGCGCAUCUUUAUCGACGGCGCGUUCGACCUGACGCACUUCGGGCAAAUGAGCGCGUUCCCCCAGGGCUAAGCCAGCCUCGGUUGCGUGAUCAUGUUUUUCCACGCCGACCUCAUGCACCCUGUUGCACGGCCGCCCAACAUGUUAGUUGCUCGCUGCAAGGUCGGUGGCUUUGCUUUGACACGCGGAAGCUGUUGUGUCUGGCAGCCUUGCAGUUCUCUUGCGUUGCCUCUGUGGGGCUGUAUGGGGAUCAGGCUUCUGCUUGCGCUUCAAAUUUCCCGCG